AUGUUUGUAAAUCAACUUCGCAUGUUGAUGAUGAUGAUGAUGAAAGCACUUUUCAAGAAUAUUCAAAUAAUCCACUAUGAAAACACUAAUCAUAUUGUGCUACUGAUGUCAUCUAUGAUGACAUUAACAAAUUUAUAUGUACUUACAGUCUAUUUAAAAACUACCAAAGUUUUGACUAAGCUUUUAGGAAUAGAUUAA